UGCGAGUUCUCGGCCUCGCGCACCCAUCGCCGUCGCAGGGGAAAUACGCAACACAAAAACGGCACCUGGGACGCCGCCACUAUGCCGUCCACAACGUCGGGCCGUAUUGUCAAAACCUCCAGGGGUUCGAAAAAGACCCCCCACCAAAAGAAUCACCGAUGGGAGUCGUUCAGCGCCAAGAUCUCCAAGCUUCACUCCCUCGAUCCCCUCCGCAAAGUCCGCCGCCACGAUCUCGAAGCCGAAGACCUCGAAGCGACGACCUCGUACCUGCGCAACGGCUUGGAUCGGUGGGCCGAACUCAACAUUUCCAAGCCGUAUAUGGCUUUCAAGAGGGAGAUCAACCCCCUCACCGAGUCCCUUGCCCAGAUCCUCUACCAUGAGGACCGGAUUAUGGACUUGCUGGCCGAGUACAUCGCGAAGCACGAGAAAGAAGCCCUCGAACCGCUGCUUGACCUUGUCACUGCAUUUGCGCAUGACUUGGGCGUUCGCUUCGAGAAGCACUACCCACGAGCUCUCGCCCUCAUUGUCGAUCUCGCCAGCAAGGUGCAUGAUGUCGAAGUCAUCGAGUGGACUUUUGCCGCCCUGGCUUUCCUCUUCAAAUACUUGUCGCGCCUUCUCGUGCCAGAUCUGAGGCCGACAUACGACGUCGUGGCUCCAUUGAUGGGCAAGGCCCGGAACCCCGGGCACAUUGCACGGUUCGCUGCCGAGGCCAUGAGCUUUCUGGUCAAGAAGGCGGCGGCCCCCAGCCACAAGGACAAGGCGCUGCCGCUCUUUGUCGAGCAUGUAAGGGACGACCUGGAGGCUACGGUUGGGCAGAAGCAGUUCGAACUAUACAGCCAGGGCAUCAUGACCAUGUUUGCCGAGGCAAUCAAAGGGGUUGGUGAUGGGAUACAUUCGACCGGCCCCGAGGUUGUUGCCGCUCUGCUUCGACACGUGCCCGAGAAGGAAUUGGCCUUACCCGAGCAGACGGUUUGGACGGAUGUCUGCUGCGGCGUCCUUACCAGCGUCAUCCACCACUCCAAUGCGGAUACCUUCAAGACUAUCGAGACAAGAGUGAUGGAAGAGGCGGAGGUCGAGCCACGCUCAGCCUUGCUCGUACAGGUUCUGGGAACCAUGGUCGGUGUGCGAAAGGGCACGCGCAUUCAUGGCUGGGCGACUCUGGUCAAGACGCUCGGCCAGUUGCUCGUUUCGUUUUCGGCCCAGAAGGCUGAGGUUGAAUCCAUGGACCCGUCUCGGGUAUGGCAGAGGAUCGUCGUAAACACGGCUAUCGUAUGGGCCCAGGCUCCCGUUGAUGCCCUCCUUCCCGCCCUCACCACCUUCAGCGGGACCAUGACCAAGGAACCCCUGAUGCGGUGGUACAUCGCCUUCUGCUCCUAUCUGGCCGAUCUGAAUCCCGAGAGGUUCCGUGGCCUCUUCAUGAAAGACUUUCAAAAGUUCAUCGUCGCACAUUGGUCGCAGAACGCAAACGAAGACAUCCUCUGUGUACUAUUGCCGCGCAUGGUCGAAUCCGGCGGACUCCCAACCCCUGGAGGGAAGGAGAUCUUUCAGCUUCCACAGUCCUGGCAGGACCAGAUUGCCAGCAAAUUCGUUAAGCUUGGAGACACCCCUUUUCCAGAGAGCGGUGGGUUCGGGAAAGACCCGGAGACCUGGAGAGACAAAUGUCUGCCCAAAUACUCGGCGAGAUUGCGUGUCUUGCAAUCAACCACAGUACAUCCUGCGACGAAUGCAAGGAUAGCCGAGGUGUUGCUCAAGAAGCUGAAGUUGGCUCUCAGGCCAUCCUCGUCAUUGCCUACCGACGAGGCAAACUUCAUUGUCAGCGACGGCUUCCGUGCCUACCUUCGAAUGUGCGCGCCGGCCAACUCGGUUGACCCCUCAUUGGCCCCGCUGCUGAGGGCCGCUGCGCCACGGUUCUGUCGUUCUCCGGCAUUUCUAGAGGCUCUUCUGGAUUACGAGCGCGAAGUCGGCGGCAAAAUCCAGCGUUCUCCCGAAGCCGACAACGACAAUGGCGACAGUCAGCAGGAGGUGGAAACCCCCCUGGUCAAGUGCUUGAUUGACAACCUAUCCACGCCUUCUCAUGAGCUCCGGCUUGUGUCCCUCAGAAUCCUCGAGAAAUUGGACUUCACUCCUGAUUUCAACUCCGCCCUGGCAACAAUGAUUCAGGUGGAAGAGCUACCUCUAAACCUUCAAAGCAUCCGGACCAUCGCAGUCCAUCUCCGCAAGCUCGGCCUGGUUUACUCUCACAUCGACCAGAACUCCUGGUUGAUCCGGGCUAUUCCGGCAUUUCUCUUCGGCAUGACGACGGUACCUCUGUCCCCCGUUUGGGAUGAUGCCGUCGAAGCAAUGAAGAAGGUGGCUGAAAGCAAGCCAGGAGAAGAGGUGUUGGCCGAAAUUGCUUUCGAGUGGUUAGAAGUGCCAUCUCCGCAGUGGUCCGGCCCGUACAAACCGCCGGCCGAGGACAAUCAUCAGGCGUUAACCAACUUCGAAUGUCUCAAUCUCAUGGCGCUCCAUGAGACCUCCGGCACUACGGGGAGCGUCUUGAACGAUCCCUCCCGAGACAUGUUGAGCGCCUUCGAGGAAGGACAGAAGAUUGUCGAGUCUCCUUCGGACAGGGCACGGAGCAAAGCACUCAAGGCAUUUUCAGCCAUGCCUUUCUUGGCCGAGAAGCGAUCUCGAAGGCUGGUGCCAUUCCUCUUUUCCUUCACCGAGGAAGGUGGGACGUCGGAGGAGGAGGAGGAGGAUGGAGACGAGGCUGAAGAAUCUUUCGAAGGCAGCUGGUCUCUUCCUGACAGAAAAGCCCUCGUUGGAGUAUUCGCCCAAUUCAACAACCCGCGAGUUCUAUAUCAGAGCCAGAGGGUGUACCAGUCUCUGCUCAAGCUGCUGGCGAACGGCGAUAUCGAGCUGCAAAAGCUGGCCCUCAAAUCGAUCCUGGCCUGGAAGAAUGAUUCUAUCAAACCGUACCAGGAACACCUUGAGUACCUGCUUGAUGAGGCCAGAUUCAGGAACGAGCUCACCGUCCUCUUUCAAGGCGACAACCAAAUUCAGCCUGACCACCGCCCGGACGUUAUGCCGGUUCUUCUCCACCUGCUAUAUGGGCGAGCCAUCUCAAAGAAGGGCGUAGCUAGUGGUCGUCAUGGCCUCCAUGCGACACGUCUCGCCGUCAUCCGGCAACUGAAUGUCGAUGACAUGGGGAGCUUCUUAGACAUAGCCCUCGGCAACCUACGAGAUAUAAAAGUGGUCGAUGCCCAAGGGCUCCGAGAGAGUCUGUUUGCUCGGGAGGCUCUUCCCGUCCGCAAGCAGGUUGGUCUCUUGAACAUGCUCGAGUCGGUCAUCAAUGAGCUUGGGACGAGCGUCUCGUCGUACAUGGAGUCUCUUGUCAACGCGGUUCUCUACUGCCUCAUAUAUGCCUGCCGCCAGCUUGGAGGGACCUCGGAGGAGCAUGAGACCGAAGAGCAGGACCACGUCCAGAACGCGUCCUUGUACAAGGUUGUGCGAACAACAGCGCUGAAGUCUCUGAGCAAGCUGUUCCAGAAUGCGCCCGAGUUUGACUGGACUCCGUAUCAAGCAGUGAUGGUUAAGGAGGUCAUCAGCCCUUGGAUUGAGAAGCUUCCGGCGGAGACAACACAGGGUGUCUCGGCUACCUGGAAGCUUCUGGGCACAUGGUCUUCGCUUCCCCAGGCCGCCCUGUUCCUCUCUCUUGAUAAGAGGAUCAUGCCAAAGGUCAUCGAGACUCUGCGUAUCGAGAAGGCCAGGGAUGAAGUCAAGACCUUCGCUCUCAACGUCCUCAAGAAUCUGGUUGAUCUCGCGCGACCUCCCGAGGCCGAGUCAGAGCCGAACGAGAAGGUUAAGACGGAGCUCCUAGCCCCCCACAUAGAUCUCAUCCUCAAGGAGAUCAGUGGGCUACUUCGCGACCAGCCCGACAUUGGCCGGGACCUGCUAGCGACCGCAGUCGACACGGUCGUCGCUAUCGCUCCUCUUGUGGAGACGUCGACCAGCGUGCAGGACAUGGUUGAGAUUGCCACCUUCCUGCUUAACCAGCCGUUGAGAAAGGUCAACCCCAAGAUCAAAGGCUCGAUCUUGUUGAUCUUGAAGCAAUUCAUCGUGCUCGAAGAUUUGCAAAACAACGCGGAGCUGAAGCGGAAGGUUUACGGUACCAUUGCCUCGUUGUUUGGCUUCUUCAAAGACAAGCAGAACCGGCAGACGCUGGCUGAAGUCUUGGAGGUGUUUGCCUCUCGAGAGCCCUGGGCGCAGGAAGUGGCCGACAUUUGCCGCGACCUGAACUCCUACGUCGUGAAGCGGUUGGACGAACCGGACUACAACACGCGACUCUCGGCUUUCAACUCGAUCUCCAGAGACCGCGAGACGCCCUUCACAAUCGAUCAAUGGAUGCCCUUGGUUCACAACCUCCUCUACUACAUCCAGCAGGACGAGGAGUUUGGCGUGCUCUCGUCCAACGCGGCCGAUGGACUCUGCAAGUUCGUCUCAGCAGCUGAAGCAGCUUGGGCGGGGCCGCAGCAGGCUGCUUAUGUCGAUGUUCUGUCAACCGUCAUCCUGCCGGCCAUCUACUCAGGAGCGAGAGAGAGCUCCGAAACGGUCCGCCGCGAGGUCCUGCGCCUCUUCGGCUUCCUCGUCGCUCAUCUUCCACAGUGGGAACCGGUUGCCGACCUCACCCCCUUGGUCCCCGUCUCUGACGACUCCGACCAAGCCUUCUUCUUCCAUGUCCUCAGCCCGGCGGUUACCCGUCAGCUCCAGGCCCUGCGUCUUCUCGAGGCGGCAAACGAGAAGAGCGAGCUACGCAGCAAACACAUCAGCCAAUUUUUCAUUCCGCUCUUCGAGCACUUCAUCUUUGAUCGCCCCGAAGGCGGCGAUGACCAUGGCCUAAGCGCCCAGGCGACAAACACGAUCGCGGCACUGACUACAUCCCUGGAAUGGCAACAAUAUCGGGCCAUCCUCCGGAGGUUCGUUUCGUAUGUCGAGUCGAAACCAGACUGGAACAAGCGUGUUAUCCGUCUCCUAGAGAAGGAGGUCGAUGCGUUACGCACGGCUGUUUCCCGCAAAUCCGCCGAUGCCAUGGACGUGGAUGACGGGCAGACGGCCGAUGCAAAGCCCUGCCGUCUCGCGACCACGCUGCCUAGUCAGGAGAAGCUUGGUGACGAGAUCGUCAACAAUUUCCUGCCGACGCUGCUUAAGUACAUCCACGAGAAGGAUGAAACGACUGUCAGUGCUAGGAUCCCCGUGGGAGUGAUCAUCGCGAAACUCCUUACUCUUCUUCCAGAGGAGCGACUCAACGAGAAGCUCCCGAGCGUUCUCACCGACAUCUGCCACAUUCUCCGCAGCAAAUCCUGGGAGUCGCGCGAGAUGGCUCGGGACACUCUCGCCAAGAUCUCUGGCAUCAUCGGUCCUGAUAAGUUCGAGUUCAUCCUCAAGGAGCUACGGGGAGCGCUUGUCAGGGGCCAUCAGCUCCAUGUCCUUUCAUAUACCCUCCAUUCCAUUUUGUUGGUUGCCAUUCCGACAUUCAACCAAGGCGAUCUAGACUACUGUCUCUCCUCCAUCAUGGCCGUCAUCAUGGAUGAUAUCUUCGGAGUCACGGGCCAGGAGAAGGACGCCGCAGAGUACGUGAGCCAGAUGAAGGAGGUUAAGAGCAGCAAGAGCCAGGAUUCCAUGGAGUUGAUUGCCAAGACAGCUUCCAUCACACGCCUCGGCGACCUCACCAUGCCGCUGCAGUCUUUGCUCCUGGAAAAGCUCGACUUGCGCACGGUCCGGAAAGUUGAUGAACUCCUUACUCGAAUCACCAAAGGCCUCUUGGAGAAUCCUGCUGCUGCCUCGCAACAGGUCCUCGUGUUCUGUUACGAGGUGAUUCAAGAAGUGUACAAGAGUCAAAAACCGCAAGCAGAGCCCAAGAUCGAUCCUCGUCUUAAGAGGUAUCUCGUCCAGAAAGCCGCCAAGAAGAGCGACGGCAGCGUCACCAGCAAAUACACCUACAAGCUCAUCAAAUUUGCCAUCGACAUCUUGCGGUCUGUUCUCAAGAAACAUGACAACCUCCGCACGGCUGGGAACAUCGCCGGGUUCCUGCCAAUCCUAGGUGAUGCUGUUCUGUCAGCCGAAGAGGAGGUCAAGAUUGCAGCCUUCAAGUUCCUCACCGUCAUAGUCAAGGUGCCUUUCAAGAAUGACGAUGCGAGCAACUUGUACAAGGUAGCCCAUAAGGAAGCAAUCAAAUGCAUAUCCUUGUCGCAGUCUACGACAUCGGACCUUGCUCAGACAGCGCUCAAGCUCAUCUCGAUCGUCCUUCGGGACCGCCGGGAGAUCCCGAUGAGGGAUGCCGCGCUUGACAUGCUGCUCACCAAGCUCAAAGACGACCUGACGGAGCCCAUGUACCGGCACGUCACGUUCAGCUUUUUGCGUUCCGUUCUGGACCGCAAGCUGGAGACAGCGUCGGUAUACGACACGCUCGACUACGUCGGUACCGUCAUGAUUACCAACGACGACAAAGACACGCGCGAUCUGGCACGCGGCGCUUUCUUCCAGUUCCUACGGGAAUAUCCGCAGAAGCGGAAUCGGUGGGAGAAGCAGCUCAAGUUCAUCGUGGCCAAUCUUAGAUAUGAGCGAGAGGGCGGCCGCCUGUCCGUCAUGGAGGUGAUCAAUCUGCUGCUCAAGAAGUCGGCGGAUGAGUUCGCACAGGAGGUGGCUGCGACGUGCUUCAUCCCGCUGGUGUUUGUGUUGGCAAACGAUGACAGCGAAAGAUGUCGAUUGGCGGCCGGUGAGCUCAUCAAAGAGAUCUUCCAGGUGUCGGACAAGGAGCGGCUGUCCAAGUUCCUGAUGCUCCUGCGGUCGUGGUUGGGGCAGGACGGGAAUCCGGCGGUGCUAAAGUUGGCUCUGCACGCAUUUGGGUUGUACUUUGAGGGCCGGGAGCCGAGUCCCAAGGAUAACCAGGAUGCCGGGCUCGUCACAGACAAGCUGGUCAAGGUUCUUGGAGAUGAUGAGGCUCUCGAGGCUGAUUGGGAGAUGGCCAACGUAGCAUUGACGACUGUCCAGACCCUGGUGCAGAAGCACCCGCAAAGGGUUCUUGGCCCGGAUUCUGACGAGUUGUGGUCCGAGGUCCAGGCAUGCCUUGCGCAUUCUCACACCACAGUCAAGCUCACCUCCAUCAAGCUUCUCAGCAUGUACCUGGCUGAUUUUGCGCGAAACGCGGUGAAGGGGCAAAAGCUGCCACUUGCGGGCUCUUACGGCCUGGAGCUGGACGGCUCCGAUGUGAACGACCUGAUGAGGUUAGCACUCGGCAUCCUCUCUGCGGCGGAAGUCGACGAGGCGCUUGCCCAAGAGGCUGUGCAGGUCAUCAUGUUCUUGUCCGGCUAUCUCGAAUCAGGAAGGUCCGUGGCCGAAGAGGAGGGCAAUGAAGAAGAGGAGGACGCGGCCAACGACGCCAAGGAAUCCGCCCAGCUGGCCGACAUGAAGUACCUCUUCUGGAAGCUGGCGUCCAUCAUCCGCAAAGAACGCCAACCGAAACCUGAGAUGCUUGUGAGCAAGCUAGCGGCCAUGGACCUCCUCGAGGCCUUCUCCGUCAAGUCGCCGACCGACAGCCUUCUCGCCUCGGUGAAGACGAUCCUCCGGCCGCUGCGCAACCUGACGGACCCGUCGAUCCGCCAGCCGUUCUCGCUCAACGAGGUGUUCAAGACGCGGUUCGAGACGCUCAAGACCAAGGCGCAGAGCAUCAUGGAGACGCUGCAGCGGCGGCUGGGCAGCGCAGAGUACACCAAGGCACUGCUGGCGGUGGGCGAGGACAUCCGCGUCAAGAGGGAGCAGCGGUCCAGCAAACGCAAGAUCGAGGCGCUGACGGCGCCCGAGAAGUACGGGCGAGAGAAGCGCAAGAAGUUGGAGAAAAAGAAGGAGAAGCGGAAGGCGCGGGGACAGGAGCAGAGGGAGCACCGGCGGAACUUCCUGUAGUUGAUAUUGCUGUGAUGUUUGGUUGGUUGCUAGGUGAUAGUGUUUGGAUGGGUCUGGCAUGGUGUAAAAAGGGGUCCUAUGAAAACAAAAAAAACACACUGUGAAGAUGGCCGACUCUAUGUUAGAUCUAGGUUGGUAUUGUACAGGAUAAUGUUACACUGAGAACUGG